GGGAGCGCCCAACUAGCGGACUUCGCUCCAUAUAUGAACAUCAUGGCAUGCAGGACGCCCGUCGUGGUCCCCUUGUGUUCUUCCCUGGGCUACCCUCGAACGGUGUUCCGCCAUGGUCGCCCAACUGAACCUCCUCGCAGUCAACCUCGCGACGGUCGCUCUGGAGAGCUGGCUCUAUGGCAUAUUCUGUAUCAUCUUUGGAACGUCGACCUAUCUGCUUGUCCGCCGCGGCCGCGAACGGACCCAGGGUAGCGGGCCGCCGCAGAACAUUCGGCCUCCAUGGCGGACACCUAUGUUCAUCGCGUCGUGUCUGAUCGCCUUGUCAGUCACUGCACACUGGAUCUUAACCGUGUAUCGUGCAUUUGAUGCCUUCGUCAACUUCAUGGAUGGCAGCGAGCCUAUCAUUGCCUAUGCAGAUCUCUCCAGGAAGUCCGAGGUCGCUAAGACCGCCUUCCUUGUCAUAACAGUGCUCAUCUCCGAUGCCAUGAUUAUUUACCGCGUGUAUAUUGUGUGGAGCUACAACAGGGCGAUCAUUAUAUUCCCCAUCUUGACAUGGUUCGCAUUAGUUGCAUGUGGCAUCGCCAUUUGUUGGCAGUUUGCACACUACACUCUCGGAGAGAACGUUUUUGAGACUGCAGCAGGGCGCUGGAUAACGAGCGACUGCGUCUUCAGCUUCGUCACGAACCUUUAUUGCUCUUUGCUGAUCGCAUGGCGCGUCUGGCGCACGACGGUGUCCGCGCCUGCUUAUGGCGGCCCAAACAUCAUGGGCGCGCUCGCCAUCAUCAUUGAAUCUGCCGCUAUUCAGUCGGCAUGGAACCUAUUCUUCUUCAUAACCUACCAGGCCAAGAGCAACCUGCAGUUCACCACCAUCGACAUGUGGGUACCUAUAUGCGGCAUCUCGCUCACACUCAUCAACCUGCGCGUCUCGCUCGGCUGGGCGGCCAAGGGGCACAUUUCGGGGGCGUCCACAGGGCCGCGCUUGACCACGCAGGUGCGCUCGUUCGAAUCGACGAACCAGAGCUAUGCGAUGCGCUCGCUGGCGGUGGAUGUGACGCAGCUGGACGAUGCGGAGGUCCCCCGCUUCUCGGCAGAGAAGCCGGUUGAUUUGAGGCGUGUAAGCAGGGGGAGUGAUAUAUCUGUAUGAGUGACUCGUUUACUCCUGGGUCGCUGCGGACUUCAUAGUAUAUAGGACCUAGCGCGGGAUUGCGCUAUUGUUGUUGUGAGACAGCGGUCGUAAUCUUGUAACGAUUCCCCCGACACUCGUCGCCAUACCAGUUACCCUACACUCAUCUGGCUAUUUAUUAAUCGAUGACAACAACGAAAGUAUUUUCACGGCUUC